AAUGGCAACUGGUCAAAAUAACAAAAAAUAUGCUGUGUUUUCAGACCUCGAAUAAUGCAAAGAAAACAAGUUCAUUAUUCAUUUUUAAAUGACACAAUACUAAUGUUUUAAUGUAGGAUGAGUUCAGAAAUAAAUAUUUGGUUGGAAUAACCCUGAUUUUCAAUCACAGCUUUCAUGCGUCUUGGCAUGCUCUCCAUCAGUCUUUCACAUUGCUGUUGGGUGACUUUAUGCCACUCCUGGUGCAAAAAUUUAAGCAGCUCAGCUUUGUUUAAUGGCUUGUGGCCAUCCACCUCCUAAAUAAAUUUGACCGCUCAAACUCUGGAAAAAAAUUUAAUACAUAACAUUUCAAAAUUACAACAUACACAAACACCAGUAAUCUAAAACACAAAAUGCAAACACUCCAAAUACUGUGUCCUACAUUUCAUUUGUCAGACUCAAAGGACAGUGUAAACAGAUGAGAUUUCAGACAUGACUUAAAGUGGCCCUAUUAUGCUUUUUGGGAUUUUACAUUUUCUUUAGUGUGUAAUAUAGCUAUUUAUGUAAAAGAUCUGCAAAGAUACAAAGCACAAAGUCCACAUCAAAGGGAGUUACUCUCUCCCACAGAAAACACUGCUCCUGAACUGCCUGAAGCUUCUGGUUUGCAGUCUAGCCAUUACUUCCGUGACUUAGCUAUGUUACUGUCUAACACAUUUGCAUAAUGCCCGCCUAAGGGCUACUUUAAGCUGAAACUCGGUUAUGGUAAGGGGUGUUACAUUUCCGAUACACAAUCUAAGAAGUUGACCAGUCACAACAGACUGGGCCAGCUGACCAAUCAGCGCAGAUUAGGCUUUUUGGAAAGGGGGGCUUUAAAGAGACGGGAGCUAAAACAGAGCAUUUCAGACAGAGGGUGAAAAGAGGUGCUGCAGCAAUGUACAGUAAGAGAAAAUGUGUUUUUUAACAUUAAAGCAUGUAAACCUAUUCUAGUAGACCCCCAAAAUAAAAUUAUGAACCUGUAAAUGAGCAUAAUAUGGGCUCUUUAAAAGUGUCGCAGUCUGUUUAUCUGGGAAAGUGAAGCUUCAGGCAACACGUAAUAAAAGCACGAUUCAUAAUAAAAUCUAGAUGCUUGAAAUGGAAGAAAUUGAAAAAAUAUAUUACAACUGUACAGUAAAAUGUAAUAUUCUUUGUAGUAAUAAUAAUUAUAACAAUUAAUCUAUUUAUCACAAGCAGUACAGCUGUUGAAUAAAAGUUUGGCAAAAAAAUGCAAUGACAUGGUAAAAAGUUCUAUUUCCACUUAUUAAAAGUUUUAAGAAUUAAUUGAAUAGACACGAUUUUAAUGAUUAAAUUAAUUUGUAAACAUAUAUACAUUUUAACGAGGUACUCGCUUGACUCAACUGCACAUACUGCACAGAAACUGAUUUUAUGAAGCAGCGCAUGCUUAUUCAUUGUGUGCGACGCAUGUCCCGGGCAUAAUAAACACAGGAGAAGAUUUGCUGUACGGAGAAUGAAGACUUCAUCCGCAAGCGGGCAAAUGAGAUGGGAAAAAUACCGGCUUAUUUCUUCGCAUCGCGCGGAAAUGCUCACUGACUUUCAUCUGAAGCCGUUUAAAAGCAAAACUGCCUGAGAGAGACCCAGCGUGUGCCCUCUAGAGACUGACAAGGAUGUAGCCAUUCAGCAAGCUGCAGCAGGUGUAUGAGACAGAAAUACCCACUCUUGUUUAAUGUAUAUGAAGACAAAGACAUUGAUCAGUUGAAGUGGACCAGAAGAUGUUAAAGAAAUGAUAGCUGCACGGGAAUUACAAGCAGAGUUUCAUUACCCUCAGGACACUGACACCCACUUCUCAUCAGACACUGAUUUUGAUGAUCUUGAUGGAAGGAAUGUCUUCUCUGGGAAAGGGAAGGCGAAAAAAGGCAAGAAAGGCCCUGGAGAGAAGGGGAAAGGAGUGGGUAAAGGAGCUGGACGCAUGAACGGUCACCACCAGGAGAACGGCAUGGAAAAUGUUAUGCUUUUUGAAGUGGUCAGGCUGGGGAAGAGUGCCAUGCAGUCGGUCGUUGAUGACUGGAUCGAGUCAUAUAAACAUGACAGAGACGUUGCACUCCUCGACUUGAUCAAUUUCUUCAUCCAGUGUUCUGGAUGCAAAGGUGUUGUUACUAGUGAGAUGUUCCGGAACAUGCAAAACUCUGAAAUAAUCAGGAAGAUGACAGAAGAGUUUGAUGAGGACAGCGGUGAUUACCCACUCACCAUGGCCGGGCCACAGUGGAAGAAGUUCAAGUCCAGUUUCUGCGAGUUUAUCGGUGUGUUGGUGCGGCAGUGUCAGUACAGCAUUAUCUAUGAUGAGUACAUGAUGGACACAGUCAUCUCACUGCUCACCGGCCUCUCUGAUUCUCAAGUCCGAGCCUUCAGACACACCAGCACACUGGCAGCCAUGAAGCUUAUGACAGCCCUCGUGAAUGUAGCAUUGAACCUCAGCAUCAACAUGGACAACACCCAAAGGCAGUAUGAAGCAGAGAGGAACAAGAUGAUCGGCAAGCGGGCCAAUGACAGACUAGAGCUUCUGCUUCAGAAACGCAAAGAGUUGCAAGAAAAUCAGGAUGAAAUUGAAAACAUGAUGAACGCCAUUUUCAAGGGAGUCUUUGUUCACCGAUAUCGUGAUGCAAUAGCUGAGAUCCGGGCGAUCUGCAUCGAGGAGAUUGGUGUGUGGAUGAAAAUGUAUAGUGAUGCAUUCCUUAAUGAUAGCUAUCUUAAGUAUGUGGGUUGGACCAUGCAUGACAAGCAAGGUGAGGUGCGUCUGAAGUGCCUCACGGCUCUGCAGGGUCUGUACUAUAACCGUGAGCUCAAUGCCAAGCUGGAGCUCUUCACCAGCCGCUUCAAGGACCGAAUCGUGUCUAUGACGCUGGACAAGGAAUAUGACGUUGCAGUGCAAGCAAUAAAACUGCUCACGCUGGUGUUACACAGUAGUGAUGAAGUUCUUACUGCAGAAGACUGCGAGAGCGUGUACCACCUGGUGUACUCGGCCCAUCGACCUGUCGCUGUGGCAGCAGGAGAGUUCCUCUUUAAGAAACUGUUCAGUCAUCGAGACCCUGAGGAUGACAGUAUGCCCAAGAGACGAGGCAGGCAGAGUGUGAAUGCCAACCUCAUCAAAACCACUGUCUUUUUCUUCCUGGAGAGUGAGCUUCACGAGCACGCCGCCUAUCUUGUGGACAGCAUGUGGGACUGUGCAGCAGAGAUACUGAAGGACUGGGAGUGUAUGAUAAGCCUACUGCUUGAUGAACCACUGCCUGGAGAAGAAGCUCUGACGGACAGGCAGGAGACGGCUCUGAUUGAGAUCAUGCUGUGCACCAUCCGUCAGGCUGCAGAGUGCCAUCCUCCUGUGGGUAGAGGGACAGGCAAGAGGGUUCUGACGGCGAAGGAGAAGAAGACUCAGCUUGAUGACCGGACCAGAAUGACGGAGCUCUUUGCCAUAGCACUGCCACCUUUACUUGCAAAGUACUCUAUUGAUGCAGAGAAAGUGACUAACCUAUUGCAGCUGCCCCAGUUCUUUGAUCUGGAGAUCUAUACUACAGGACGUUUGGAAAAGCACCUGGAUUCAUUGUUAAGACAAAUCAGAGAAAUUGUGGAGAAGCACACGGACACAGAUGUGCUGGAGGCUUGCUCCAAAACCUACCACUCUCUGUGCAACGAGGAGUUCACCAUCUUUAACCGGGUGGAUAUCGCCCGCAGCCAGCUCUUAGAUGAGUUAGUGGACAAGUUCAACAAGCUUCUGGAGGACUUCCUGCAGGAGGGUGAAGACCCAGAUGAAGAUGAUGCUUAUCAAGUUCUGUCCACACUGAAGAGGAUCACUGCUUUUCACAAUGCUCAUGACCUCUCCAGAUGGGACCUCUUUACCAGCAACUACAAGUUAUUGAACACUGGUAUUGAAAAUGGCGACAUGCCUGAGCAGAUUGUCAUUCAUGCUCUGCAGUGCACACAUUACGUCAUUCUUUGGCAUUUAGCCAAGGUCUCAGAGGGUAUGUCUAAAAGGGAGGACAUGGUGACUCUGAGGAAGCAAAUGAGGGCAUUUUGUCUGAUGUGCCAGCGUUACCUAACCAGCGUCAGCACCGCCGUCAAAGAGCAGGCCUUCACUAUCCUCUGUGACCUACUGUUGAUCUUCAGCCAUCAGAUCAUCUCAGGGGGUAGGGAAGCUCUGGAGCCCCUAGUAUAUAAUCCUGAAGCAUCCCUGCAGUCCGACCUUCUUAAUUUCAUCCUGGACCAUGUCUUCAUUGACCAGGAUGAAGACAACAACAGCACAGAUGGGCAGCAGGAUGAUGAAGCAGGAAAAAUCGAAGCUUUGCACAAGAGGCGAAACCUGCUGGCAGCAUAUUGCAAACUCAUUAUCUACAAUGUAGUUGAGAUGAACACUGGUGCAGAUAUAUUUAAGCAAUAUAUGAGGUAUUACAAUGAUUAUGGGGACAUCAUCAAGGAAACCAUGAGCAAGACAAGACAGAUCGACAAAAUCCAGUGUGCAAAGACACUCAUUUUGAGCUUACAGCAGCUGUUCAAUGAGAUGCUGUCAGAUUUGGGUCCGAGCUUUGACCGCUCAUCCUCUGCCUUCUGUGGCAUUAAAGAGCUUGCUCGCCGUUUCUCUCUGACUUUUGGCCUGGAUCAGCUCAAGACCAGAGAGGCUAUCGCCAUGUUACACAAGGAUGGUAUUGAGUUUGCCUUCAAAGAGCUGAAUCCUCAGGGUGAGGGACAUCCGCCUCUCAACCUGGCAUUUCUGGACAUCCUCAGCGAGUUCUCAUCCAAACUCAUGCGUCAGGACAAGCGGACUGUGCACAUGUAUUUGGAGCGCUUCAUGACGUUUCAGAUGGCCUUGCAGAGAGAGGACUGCUGGCUGCCGCUCAUCUCCUACAGGAACUCACUGCAAGCAGGGGGUGACGAUGACACCAUGUCUGUGGUCAGUGGCAUAAGCAGCCGUGGCUCCUCUGUCAGGAGCAAGAAAGCAAAACCUGUCACUGGCAAGAGGAAAUUACCUGAAGAGGAGAGCAGUAGCAGCAGUGAGGUGUGGAUGAGCCGUGAGCAGAGUAUGCAAACGCCCAUUAUGAUGACAUCACCCCACCUCACCUCCACUGUCAUGAGAGAGCCCAAACGCCUGCGUCCUGAGGAGAGCUAUAUGGGAGUGUACACCAUGACCCCUGACCAGCAACAACAGCACACACACCCUCAGACUCCGCAGCCACAACACCACCACUCACCCAUAGACUACAACACACAAGUCACCUGGAUGCUUGCACAGAGACAGCAGCAAGAAGAGGUGGCCAGACAGCAGCAGGAGAGAGCUAUGAACUACGCCAAAUUAAGGAGCAACCUUCAGCAUGCCAUCCGUCGUGGAACAGGGCUAAUGGAGGAUGAUGAGGAACCUAUUGUGGAAGAUGUGAUGAUGUCAUCAGAAGGCCGGAUUGAGGAUCUCAAUGAAGGCAUGGACUUUGACACCAUGGAUAUUGAUCUGCCCCCAUCAAAAAAUCGACGAGAGCGAUCAGAACUGAAGCCUGACUUUUUCGACCCUGCAUCCAUCAUGGAUGAGUCUGUAAGAAGCACUCAUUUCCUGGGUUAUGAUGCUUUUCAGCGGUAAUGGGGACUCGUUCACUCCACCUCUAAGGAUGUGAAAGAGAGAUCACCACUAGAUGGCACUAGCAGGAGUGAUUUCAGUAUAGUUGAAUUGCCCUUCUGCAAAAAAAAAAAAAAAAAAAAGAGAGAGAGAGGGAGAGCAUCUCACUGUAAUAAGUACUAAUCAGACCCAUCUGGACUGAUGAUUAAAUUAAACGCUUGUUUGGUAACACUAAACAUUGAACUGAAAUUGAAUAUUUUCUCUUGUAGGUCCUGGGAGUGCCUAUGUUUUAAGAUUAUAAUUGGAGGAGUUUGAAGAGAAGAGACAUUUUGUGUGAAUUCAGAUUGAUUCUCUAAAGAGAAUUAAAUUUAAUGGAGUGAUUGGCAUCCAAAUCGGCUCGUACCAUUGACACUUACUAAAAUGGAAAGGAAAAAGGAGCAAUUUUAAAGUCUUGUCUUAAAAAUCAUUUUGUGGGCUUUCCCUGAUCAUGUAAAACAGUGAAGGUAGAUACUGAAUGUAGUGGAAUCUCAGACUGUUUUCAGCCAUACAUGAGUAUGUUUUUUAUAUAUAUAUAUAUAUAUAUAUAUAUAUAUAUAUAUAUAUAUAUUAAUAUUUCAAUGUUGAACAUCAUUUUUGAAGAAACAUAUGUAAGAUCUCUUAGAGUUGUGUUAUUUCUUGAAACCGGGGGUGAAUGCAUCUUUUUUAACUUAAAGACAACUUUAUGUAUAGCCCUUUUGUAAUAGUGAGUAAUCUGGUGUAAAGUAGUAAUUUAUAAGCAGUUUUUUGCUCAUCAUAGUGAGUAUUGAUAUAUUUUAUUCUUAUCUCAUGAGAUGUAAAAUGGAGGAAAUCCUCCAGGUCUUUAUAUCUAGUAUUUUUAGUUUUCUUUUCCUCCUGUAAAGAUCAUGACAUACAAUACAAAACUUAAGUCGAAACACUCUGAGUCAGAUUUAUUAUUGCCUUUGGUGCAUGUGUAAAUUUUGGAGCAAUUUCAGUGGCAUGCUCUGUGAUUGGUUAAUGCUAAAUACCUCAACCACUCAAUGGCCCUGUUACUCUUUUUGCGCCAGUAAAACAACAGUUUUUAUGUGCCAACUGCCCUAUUAAAUCAGGCGUUUAGACUCCCAGUCACUCUAUGGAGAUGCACUGAAAAAAGUAAUGGAUAAUUAUUUUUCCGCUGAGUCACAAGGCUUUUCCAAAGAUUAGAUGUGCUCGCUUGUCCCUCUAAAAUCUAAGAUCAAGCAAAGAAGAAGAAAUCUCUCCAGUAGUGCCAUUGUGUUGUCUCUAAUUGAAACAGAAUUAGUGUAGUUUGUCUGGUGGAGAUUUUCUUCUCCUUAAUUAGAUCUAUGUAGACAUCUACAUUUAAAUAAAGUUAUAUAUAAAUAUAUAAAUUGGUGCUGAUUUUAUAACUGUGCUUUUAGUUUUGUUUCCCCCUUAUUUUUAAAACCUCAAUUUAGAGUUCAAAGUUUUGGAAAUGUAUAAGAACAUGUCUAAACAUGAAUGUGUGUAGCCAUGCAGCAAGCAAUGUUUUGAGAUUUUAUAUAUACAUUUUUUUUGUGUGUGUUUUGAUUUGGAUUUUUUUUUUUUUUUUUUCAGUCUUAAGAUUUUUUAGGCUUUUACCUUUUUUCAUUAUUGUAAAUGAGUUUCAGCUAUACAUUCAGCUCUGUCCCCCACCCCCAGUAUGAAAUAUUUAAAAUGUAACAAUAA